GUUUUAACCGUUGGGCGCUCGUUCGACUUCACCGUGCAUGAGUGGUGAAACGUGUAUGCGUUGUCUUCUCGUCAAUAAAAGGAAUAAAACAUCGUAUUAACAUGGAUUUGGACUCCAUGAAAUAUGCAGAGCUGCGAAACCUUGCUAAGGAGCUGGGCCUUAAAGCUAACAUGAAGGCUGAUAAACUCCGGGAAGCACUAAAGAAGCAUUAUGAACAACAAAAUGAGAAGAAGGAAGAGGAGGUGAUGGUGGGACAUGAAGAGGAUGCUCCACCUGUCCAAGAAAACGCAGCACAGGACCAUACUGAUGAACACAAGGAUGCGUCCUGCGAAGAGGCAGAAGUUGCCAGCACCGCUGUGUUUGUCAGCACACGUCGAGGGAAAGGCAACGCAACCAAGAGGAAGAUGUCUGUUCCUGUGACAGUGACUGAGUCUGAUGUCCAGGUGGCACCCACAGCUGCACAGGAUGACACAGGGGUGGAUGCAUCUACUGCAGUCAGCAGUACCAAAAGGAGACGAUUAUCUCCUAAGGCAGCUGAAAAAACUGAAGCUGAGCUUCCUGCCAACGCACCAGCCACCUGCACUGAGAAGCAGUCUGAAAUCAAAGUGGCCAAAGGAGGUAAAAUUCCUCGUUAUGAAAGUCUCCACAAGAGGAACAAAACUACGUUGAAGCCUGUAACUCCUAACUUUAAAAAACUCCAUGAGGCACACUUCAACAAGAUGGAGUCUAUUGACUCUUAUGUCCAGCGGAAGACCAAGCAGAUGGAGACUUACAGAAAUUCAGGCAAAGACCUGAAGAUGCUUUCAGACAAAACUAAACAACAGCAAGUUGAAGGCAAAACUGAAGUGGUGAAACAAAGUCGUAUGUCCCUGUUCAGUCCUGCCCCAGUGAAAAAAUCACAAGCUGAGGAGAAACGCAGACAGACUCUGCUCUCAGCAAGUAAAGCUCCACCGAAAAAACCUGCUGGCAAGGAAGAGGUUCCUUUCAGACCGACUAUCCUUUCCACUCGCAGGAUCAACGUACGGUUCUCAGAAGCCACUAAAGACAAUGAGUACAAAACAUCCUUGUUGAAGACACCAGCACGCAUGUCACCUUGUGUGGCCUCGAGCACCCCACAAAACAAGGCUGGGAAUGCGGUGAAGCCAAAUAAAGACAGGACUUCAACUUUCUCUACCACAAAAACACCAGGACCAUUUGUUUUCACUGGAAACACAAGUACAUCAACCACCCCUGGAACACAGAAGAAGUCGACCUUUGACCUGAAGGCGAGUCUGUCACGUCCCCUCACCUACAAGCCUCAUAAAGGCAAACUGAAGCCAUUUGGAGACGCAAAAGAAAAUGCAGCAGAAAACAAGUCACUGAUCUCAAACUCCCAUCAGAAGAAUUACAAACAGCACCAAGUCCAGACAAGGGAGGGAAGAAGAGCAAAACAAACUGAGGAUCGAAAGCAGAAGAAAGCGAGUAUGCUGGGGGCGAGAAGAGGCCUCGUCAUGAUGUAAAAAAUAUUGUUGAUGUUUGUACAGCUUGCCGAUCCACUGUAAAUACUGUCAUCUGCUGGUUCUCUUAGUGUUUUUUUCUUGUUUAAAUAGAAAAGCUAACUGCUUACAGCUUCUCUAUCAUACUUAGCGUGCAGUUUUUUUGUUUUACGUUAACAUUUUAAUGACAUUGAUCUGUGUAUUUUAAUGUGUAGAGAAUUGAUUUCUUUCACUACAAUUUAAAUCUUUGCCCUUUGAAGUUUUUUUUUUUUUUUUUUACUAUUUCAUGAAAGAGAUAAAGACGAUGGAAAAGAUUUACUUGUCUGCAUUCUUGGUGUUUUUUUACUCUGUUUUGCACUGUAGCCUUUUUACAAGUGUACUGUCAUGAUGUGGUUCUGUGAAAAUCAGAAUCCAUCUGGUUUAUUUACGAAAUUUAUUGAAGCACAAAUGUCAAGAACUGAAAUCAUUGAAUAAAUAUUUACCCAGUGA